AUGGCUCAAGGCAAGCUCACUGGCGCAGACGUCGCCAAGCACAAUUCCAAGGACUCUUGCUGGGUCAUUGUUCACGGGAAAGCGUACGAUGUUACAGAAUUUCUACCAGAGCAUCCUGGUGGUCAGAAGAUUAUUCUCAAGUACGCUGGCAAAGAUGCAACCGAGGAGUUCGAGCCCAUCCACCCUCCCGACACAUUGGACAAAUACCUGGAUCAGUCGAAACAUCUGGGAGAGGUAGACAUGGCGACUGUUGAGCAGGAGGAGAAGACUCAAGAUCCGGAGGAGACAGAUCGUCAGGAACGAAUCAAGACAAUGCCCCCGCUGCAGGCCUGCUACAACUUGAUGGACUUCGAGACAGUCGCACGGAGUGUGAUGAAGAAGACCGCUUGGGCUUACUACUCGAGUGGUGCCGAUGACGAGAUUACUCUGCGUGAAAACCACAAUGCCUUCCACAAGAUCUGGUUUCGUCCACGGGUACUAGUCGAUGUGGAAAACGUCGACUUCAGCACAACGAUGCUGGGGACCAAGGUCUCCAUGCCCUUCUACGUGACUGCUACUGCGCUUGGGAAGCUGGGCAACCCAGAGGGUGAAGUCGUGUUGACUCGUGCGGCUCACAAGCACAACGUCGUCCAGAUGAUUCCCACUCUGGCAUCAUGUUCAUUCGACGAAAUCGUGGACGCCCGUCAGGGAGAUCAGGUACAAUGGCUGCAACUCUAUGUGAACAAAGACCGCGAGAUUACUAAGCGGAUCGUGCAACACGCCGAGGCACGUGGCUGCAAGGGUCUCUUCAUCACCGUCGAUGCCCCGCAACUCGGCCGCCGCGAGAAGGACAUGCGAUCCAAGUUCUCCGAUGCCGGCUCGAGUGUCCAGGCAAGCAGCGGCGACGACGUUGACCGCUCACAGGGCGCAGCGCGCGCCAUCUCAUCCUUCAUCGAUCCCUCCCUCUCCUGGAAGGAUAUCCCCUGGUUCAAGUCCAUCACCAAGAUGCCCAUCAUCCUCAAGGGCGUCCAGUGCGUGGAGGAUGUCCUACGGGCCGUCGAAGCCGGCGUGGACGGCGUGGUCCUCUCCAACCACGGCGGUCGUCAGCUCGAGUUCGCGCGGUCCGCCAUCGAGGUCCUCGCCGAGGUGAUGCCCGCGCUUCGCGAGCGCGGUUGGGAGAAGAAGAUCGAAGUCUACGUCGACGGGGGAGUGCGGCGCGCCACCGACAUCCUCAAGGCUCUCUGCCUCGGCGCUCAGGGGGUAGGCAUCGGCCGCCCGUUCCUAUACGCCAUGUCCGCGUACGGGCAGCCGGGCGUGGAGCGAGCCAUGCAGCUUCUCAGGGAUGAGAUGGAAAUGAACAUGCGCCUGAUCGGAGCCAGGACGAUCGAGGAGCUGAACCCGAGUCUGAUCGAUGUGCGCGGCCUAACGGGCGGCCACCACGCGCCCGUGCCGUCGGACACACUCACUCUCGGCGCGUACGACCCGCUCCAGGCGCCGCGCUUCAGCGAGAAAUCCAAGCUGUAG